AUGACGCCUGUGGACGCCGUCACCGCCGGCCGCGAGCGGAAGGUUCGUUCAGUCAUCGAAUUUGCCAGCAAUCUGCAGUCGAAGCUUUCGGAGACGCGAGACGAGGCCUCUGCCGACGUGCUCGUCGCCGAUCUGAGCCAUCACAUCCAGACGAUUGAGGGCCUUCCCAGACAGCACAGCGCCGAGAUCCGGAGACGCGACGCCAAGAACUUGGAGCGUCAUGGCAGAGACCUGUGGAACCUCUGCAUCCGAAUCAGGCGAGACCUGUCGGAUACCUUGUCGCCGACGAAUCCGCGGAUCAAAUUGGUUCUGCGGGUAAGGCUAUUCAGCUUUCUCAUAUUGGAGACAGGACGCCGAGCGGCUGCAAGAUGGAUAAAGCAGCCCGAGGCCGGCUCAGAGGCGGCGUACCUCCUCAAGUUGGCUCUAACCCUAGGAAGAAUAUGCAUUGCCGAUGAGGACCUGGACUCGGCACGGUUGGCCUUGCAGAAAGCAGCCGAAUACGUGGACCGUAUGAAGGCCGAUGACACCAGGACGGGAGGCCCUAGUGGCACUGGGGCCGUCGCAACAAAACUCGAGGCGGAAUACUUUACGAUGAGAAUGACAUUGUCGUGGAAAGAUGACUGCCUCGACGUCACCGAACACAUGUACUCCAAGAUGGAGCCUCUCUUGCCCAGUCUCGACGUCUCAUCGGCCGAAACCAUGUCAAAUACGAUAUACCAGAUUGCCAGCGCCCUGGGCACCAAAAACAACUUCAGUUUGGCCCUGAAGUGGUUUAAACGAGCGCAUGACAUUCUGCAAUCGCAGGACUUAGAGAAGCUCUCAAUGCAUGGCCUGGAACUGCGCCUGGCAGUCUUCCAAGGCAGAGUUCAGAUCCUUCUUGGCAUUGGAUCAACCGACUCUCUCCAAGAAGCAAGCGAUCUCCUCGCCUACGUCGAGUCUGAGAUUGGAGACAGGCCCGUGGUCCUUGCCUGGCGGCUCGAAAUCCUCCAGCAUGCCCCAGGCGAGGUCUUCGAUGUCGAGGCCUACGCGAGUAUACUUCUUCGGAUGAUAAAGUGCUUCGACUUCAUGAAUGAAACGGUGGAACUUUUGCUUCACCAUAUCAGGAAUCUUCACGAGAAGAGUUCGCGUUUGGCCGGGAGGCUCUUGGAUGAACUGACGAGGCAGCAUAUUGCGCAGAGCGGGAAGGCGGAAUGGAUCAACAAGGUCGUCGUGAGGCGAGUGCAGAUGGCGACGACGGCGCCCACAUCCACGGACUCUCUCGAUGAACUUGGGAAUUACUUGGACCUCGUACAUGAUGCCCUUUCAGGGCCCCUGAGCCUCGACCCCACAGGAGCGGCGCAAGCUCUUCUAUGGAAGAAAAUGGAGUCGUCUUGUUCCAAGGAGAGGUUUACGGCGGCGGACGCGUGGUGUGCGGUCGCGCUGCAUCCAGUUUUCAACAGCUCUGGCGAAUCCAGCCAGGGCAAAUUUGGCCGGAGACGGAUCCAGUGUGCCAUUCGAUUAAACGACCCAGGGAGAGCCAGAGCCGCGUUCCAAAGUAUGACGGACGGACAGAGGAAUGAGCCGUUAACGAGGUACCUCAUGUUCAAGGUUGCGCUUCUCAGUUGGGACCAUGAGCUGGGGUGCCAAUGCCUCGAGCACCUUGGCCGAAGCUCAGACAGUGACAGAGUCCGAGACAUCAUCUAUGCCUGCGUCCGGGAGGCACAGCAAGUUGGAGACAAAAUCUGCACCUUGGCAGCGCUUAAGACUGUCGCCCAAAGUUGGGCCUACGGGACGAAGUUGUCAAGCAACUACCCAGCCAUUUUGCGUUGCACUGUCCGUCUCAUACGGACAAUCGAGGAGGACAAUACCGCUGACGAUGAGGGCCCCACAGACGAUUUUGCCGGAGACCUUUGUGAUGUCUUUGAAAAAGCUGCCGAGCAUGCGAGACAACACCCGAAAGACGACCAAGGAAAGAAGAUCUUCACGAUACCUGAGCUCCACUGGUUUCGGAAGAACUCGUACAACAUUGGUGCGACCGAGUGCGACAAGUGGGAGCCGCAGUGCAUAGUCCGCAUCUUUGCCGCCUGUGUAACUUACAUUGGCUGCUAUCCAGAAGACAUGCCCUUGACAGACAUUGCGGAACUCUCGCUGAUGGGCAUGCGCUGUCAUUUCGUAAUCGCUGCGGCUUCGGUCGCUCUCGCGCGAGCUGAAGACAAAGUGGACCAGCAGCUGCAAGAGUAUCUCGCAGCAAGACACCACGUUGCCGGCUUUGAUGCCUUGUCCCAACGGGAUGUCGGUCCUCAAGGCAAGGGCGUCGCAGCAGACUUGCUCGCCAAGUGGACAACGCUGUCCGUGUUUGACUUUGAGAGCGCCGUGGCACUGAAGGCAUGGACCGACCUAAACACCAUCAUCAGAAAGGCAAAGGUGUGCAAGGAUGAAGUAGCCUACAAGGCGAUGGGGGAUUGCCUGUUACGAGGCAAUGUCCCUGGCAGAGUCCUAUACUCGACCAUGCGGCUCAUUGUCAACGAGAUCUUCGAGCUCGAAAACUUUGACAGCGCCAAGCUAGCCAAGUACUUGCGUUGCAUCUUCCAGGCCGUCUUGCCGACAGAUGACGAGCUCGCUUUGCAGCUGCUGAAUCAGGCGCUGCAGCUUGCUCGCGAAGGUGCCCAGAUGCGCUCGCCUUUUCCCGCGCUGGAGCUGGAAUGGCUCGUCGCCUCGACCUUCAACCACGCUAUCGAUCAUUUCGCACGCGGCGACGAAGCCAGUUGUCAUCGAUGGGCGCUCAAGGCUAUGGAUCUGGCGGAGUAUGCCGACGACACGGGCGCGCUGGCCGCUACUUUGCAGGACAGGUUUGCCAAGUUGCGGCUCGAAGACCAUCGCCCGAAUCCAGUGUGA